AUGCCAGCCUCCAAGACCCCAACAAACCGAACCGCCAUAAAGGCACCGCCGAUGUAUGGCGAGCAUCAUCUUCGCUCCGAGAAUCUAGCGUUUGACAUCGACGUGUGGUACCCUCCACUGGCAGAGCACACGUUUUCCACUGUAUUUUUGCCACUGAAGCGACGCGAGGCAGAGGCAAUUGUGGCCUACUACAAUGCCACUUGGCGGAGUCUGCCUCAUGAGUUGACAAGCCAAGCGGUAGAGACUCUUUUGGCUCUAGAAGCUCGCAUUGACAAGGCUCUUAUAGAGCACUUUGCUAGUCGCGGCGCAUUCCUACGGUUGUGUGGUCGUUCUCCCAAAGAUGGAGAACCUACGGACCCAGUUCUCAGGUCAAAGAUAUGGGCCAGCUAUCAAUCGACUCUCCAGACAAUGUCCCAGGCAGAGCAGAUUCCCGUCACUGACGACAAUUUGAGGGUCGCAGCGAUUGCUAAAACUGAGUCUUGGAUGAAGGUUCAUAGUGGAGCCCAUGCCAUGUCCCUUCUCCUCACGUCUGAGCGUGUCUUUUCUGAUAUGAUCGACUGGCUGCACUAUGGUGAACCAGAGCAACUUGUCCUGAGAGAAUUCAGUGAUGCCUUUGAUUUGUCCACCGAGUUUCGAUGCUACAUCCAAAGUGGAAUUCUUCAAGGCAUUAGCCAAUAUGACACCUAUGCCAUGCACUCGUAUCUCCAGGAUCCUUCCAACCGAGCCAUUGUAAUCCGAGCAGUGGUUUCAGAAUGGAGAAAAGUCAAGGAUUGCAUUGAAACAAUCGAUGGGAGUUACUGUGCUGACUUUGGUGUGGACAUGGUUCAAAGAACAGCCCAGUUCAUUGAACUCUCUCCAUAUCGAAAGUGCACGGGUCCAGCCCUCUUUGCCUGGAAGGGACCAGCAGAGUUGGUUGUUCCAGAACGUCCCGAUAUUCAGGACGAUACCGUGAGGGAUCUUGUUCAAAUGGGUGGCGCAAUCGCGGAACAUGCAGUCUUUCGUGUUCGAUCCAAGCCAAUUCCUGGGAUUGGUGGUUUGGUUGAGAUGAAUUGGGACUUUCGGUGGUCACAACGAAGAAUGGAUACACCCAAGCCUUAUCGAAACGUGUGUUCACACGUUAUGGCAAACACAACCAUUGCAGAAAAGACAAUCAACAUUUUAAAGCAUAUACAGGAGAGGUUGUCCGAAAAGCAACACGUUCUGUUUGUCUAUGGAACUUUGAAGCGAAAGUGUCAUUGGCAUUCCAAAUACAUGACUGGUGCUCAUUUCCUUGGAGAAGCCUCCACCGUCCGCCCUCAAACACUUGUCAUUGGCCAGUGCGGAGUUCCUUAUUUGCUCGACCUUAGGCAAGAUGAUGACGCCAAGCCCGUUAGAGGAGAACUAUGGAGACUCUCCGAGGAAAUGCUCCAGGGUAUUGAUGAGUACGAAGGCAUUGAAAAAGGUCACUAUGUGAGGAAGGAAAUUGAAGUAGAGUGUACAAGGCGACGAGGAACAACAGCUAUCUGCAAGGCAUUCUGCUACUUUUAUGCGAUAAAAUCGGGUGCAUCGGAUGUAGAGGCUUCGUUGUUGCAAGCAACUAGACUCGCAGAGUAUCCAGCUGGCGAGCAAAAGUCAAACUACAAGCCUAUUCAUCACAUCCAAGUAAAGCAACUCCAGUACCUGGGCGAGCAUGCAACCACCUAA